CCACUUUUUGGCAUUUCACACGAGAAAUCCGAUAGUUGAGGUUUUUGUGUGUUUUCUACCGUUCAGGCCGGUUGCUGGAUUUGGGCUGCCGUUCUUCGUCGACACAAAUGCUGACGACAAAGUCCAUGCGGACCCUUCUGCUGGGAGCGGCAGGAUUCACGGCAUUGGUCAGCAUCGGCUUCCACAUUGCCGUCUUGUCGCAAUCCUCCGAAUUCUCGCGCGCGUUCGAGAAUUGGAUUCCGAACGGGGUCGGCCCCCGCCUAAACGACAAACGAAACAACAAAAGCAGCAGCACUCAACGAGAAAUUCCGUCCGCAACGUUACCGAUACCAGUCGGACCAUCCCGCACCAUGCAAUUGUGGGACGCCCCGCAACCAUCGCUACCACAGUUCGAACACAGACGGACACGGGAGUGGACGUAUCGGAUCCUAUCUUGUACCAAGGUACCGAUUGGCACGGGGACACUUCUUCGGCAUCCGUCAUGGGCAUGGCCUCCGGAUAUCGACUGGGUGUCUACCAAAGAUUCGUGGGGUCGUUGCGACGUUCCGGAUUCCAAGGUCACGUUUUUUUGGGUGUGGCACCCGACGUCGACCCCGCAAUCCUGGAAUACUUGCGUCGACGCAACGUGACUGCCAAAGUGCAAACGUGGGUCAAUUGCACGUACUCGGACAGCGAUCGCAAGAACGAUAUUUUUCAAAAGACAACCUGUGCCCAUCCCUAUCCGGACAUUAAGAUUCGGUGGAGUCGCUUUCCUUUGAUUCGAGAUUGGCUGCAAGAGUGCGCAGCCUGUACCGGUCCGGUUCUCAUUAUAGACGUCCGCGAUUCGUACUUUCAGAAAAAUCCUUUCGGACAAGGCUCUCCUACGGUAUACGGCUUGCAGGUAGUUGAAGAACACGUUACUCAGACGACGCAACACUGGUUGACCAAGUGGCCAAUCCAAGAGUGCAAGGGAGUCCAGUACGAAAAGCCUAUGCUUUGUUCCGGAACGACCGUCGGUACCCGAGUCGCCAUGCUCCGAUACUUGGAAAUCAUGUACGCUGAAAUGAAAGUUUGGAUUAACGAUACCAAGUGCCGGUUCAAUAUCAACGGUGACGAUCAGAGCAUGCACAACUACCUUUUCUACUCCGGACAGUUACCCUUCGCCAACGCUAUACCCCACCGCUCCGGUGGAAUCGUCAACACGGUUGGCGUCGAUGGUGCCCGGACGUGGAAACAACACACCAAGGAACAGCAAGAGUUGUACGGUAAAGACAUUCAGGAAGCCGAUCUCGUGUCAUACACCAAUUUGAUCGCUUUGGUCCACAAUUUCAUGGAAUGUGGCUAA